AUGUUUAAUAUCUCUGUGCGUCAUUUUCAUUCUCCCUGCGCGGAGGAGGACGCAGUUUGGCGGCGUGCGUCCAACCCCACAAGACCGUGGCUGCGUGGAUAUUUGCGCCUUAUUUUGCUCUGCGAGUUACUGCAACUUUCUUUGUGCGCCAGCGUGUCAGGAGCCCACGUAGCGCACGAAGGACUUUGCCCCAACAAGCUCAACAACAACCUGUGGGUGGACGCGCAAAGCACCUGCGAGAGAGAAUGUAGCCUUGAUGAGGAUUGUGCGGACUUUGAGAAGUGCUGCACCAACGUGUGCGGACUCAGCAGCUGCGUGGCCGCACGUUUCUCUGAUGGCACGCCUGCUCAGCCCAGCGGCCUUGGCGAAGGGGCAACGGCGGCGGCCACGUGCGAUGGUUUUAUCUGCAGCCAGCAGGGAGCCACCUGUGACAUCUGGGACGACCAACCCGUCUGCAAGUGCCAGGACAGGUGCGAGAAGGAGCCCAACUUCACCUGCGCCUCGGACGGCCUGACCUACUUCAACCGCUGCUACAUGGACGCCGAGGCCUGCGUCCGCGGCGUGACGCUGACGGUGGUCGCCUGCAGGUUCUACCUGGCCGGGCCUCACACCAGCCCGUCGGCGCCGCAGGACACCACCGCCUACCCCACGCCCACGUCCUCCCGGGAGGAGCCCAUGUCCCCCACGCUGUACUCCAACCCUCGCCACCAGUCCGUCUACGUCGGCGGCACGGUCAGCUUCCACUGCGACGUCAUCGGCGUCCCCAGACCCGAUGUCACCUGGGAGAAGCAAAGCGACCGCCGUGAGCGCCUGGUCAUGAGGCCGGAUCAGAUGUACGGGAACGUGGUCAUCACCAACAUCGGGCAGCUGGUCAUCUACAGCGCCCAGGUGUGGGACACGGGCAUCUACACCUGCGUCGCACGCAACUCAGCGGGGGUGCUCCGCGCCGACUACCCUUUGUCGGUCAUACGCCGGGCGGGCGACGACUUCUCCGAGGACCCCGACAUGCCCAUGGGGAGGCCCUUCUCGCCGGCGGACUGCCUGGCGGAAGCGGACACCAGAGUGUGCAGCGGCGAGCGCCACGUGGAUUGGUUCUACGACGGCAAGCUGGGCUCCUGCGCGGCCUUCAGCAAUGGCGGCUGCGACGACAGCCGCAACCGCUUCGAGACGUUCGAGGAGUGCAAGGCGUCGUGUCAGCGCGAGGGAGCGGGGGUCUGCUCCCUGCCGGCGGUCCAGGGGCCCUGCAAAACCUGGGAAGUGCGUUGGGCUUGGAACUCCAUGAUGAAACGAUGCCAGGCGUUCGCCUACGGCGGCUGCCAUGGCAACGCCAACAGCUUCCGCACGCAGAAGGAGUGCGACGCCAACUGCCCGACGCCCAGAAGGAAACCUUGCAAGGCGUGUCGGGUCAAAGGGAAGAUGGUGCCCAGCUUAUGCCGCAGCGACUUCGCCAUCGUGGGGCGGUUGACCGAACUGGUGGAGGACCUGGACUCCGGAUUGGCGCGGUUCAGCCUGGAGGAGGUUCUCCGAGACGAGAAGAUGGGCCUGUCCUUCUUCAACACCGAGCACCUGGAGGUGACCAUCGACAAGAUAGACUGGACGUGUCCCUGCCCCAACAUCACCCUGGAGGAGAACCCGCUGCUGGUGAUGGGGGUGGUGCAGGACGGCGUGGCCAUCAUCCAGUCCGACAGCUACGUCAAAGCCGUCACGGAGCGCAGACUCAAGAAGCUCCGGGAAGUUCUGGUGAAGAAGAGCUGCCAGACGUUGUAA